AUGGUCGCUCCGUCGACGGAGCCGCGCGAGGCUGCUGCGCCGACGGAUCUUGCGGGCAUCUCGCCGUCGGCUGCUCGUGGAGGCUGGCGCGUCAUCCUCACGGGCACGCCGCUGCAGAACAACCUGAACGAGUACCACGCGAUGGUCGAUUUCGUGCGGCCCGCGCUGCUCGGCUCGGUGGCCGAGUUCCGCAACCGCUUCGUCGCGCCGAUCACCAACGGCAACACGCUCGACGCCUCGGCGGCCGACGUGCGGCUCUCGCGGCAGCGGAUGGCCGUGCUGCACGACCUUGUGCAGCCCUUCCUCCACCGGCGCACCGCCGAGAUCCUGCGGCAGGCGCUGCCGCCCAAGCGCGAGAUCGCGCUCUC